GCAGCAGAUCAAAUAAAGAAGUUAUACAAUCUUUUCCUACAAAUUGAUGCCACUCAAGUGGAAGUGAAUCCCUUUGGUGAAACUCCAGAAGGACAAGUGGUAUGCUUUGACGCCAAGAUAAAUUUUGAUGACAAUGCUGAGUUCAGGCAAAAAACCAUAUUUGCCAUGGAUGACAAAUCUGAGAAUGAAGCAAUGGAAAAUGAAGCUGCCCAUUACGACUUAAAGUAUAUAGGUCUGGAUGGAAACAUUGCCUGUUUUGUAAAUGGCGCUGGACUUGCAAUGGCAACCUGUGAUAUAAUUUCCCUUAAUGGUGGGAAACCUGCCAACUUUCUGGAUCUUGGCGGAGGUGUGAAAGAAGCACAAGUGUAUCAAGCAUUCAAAUUGCUCACUGCAGAUCCCAAGGUUGAAGCAAUUUUAGUAAACAUAUUUGGUGGAAUUGUCAAUUGUGCCAUUAUUGCCAACGGUAUCACCAAAGCUUGCCGAGAGCUUGAACUGAAAGUGCCUCUCGUGGUCCGACUUGAAGGAACAAAUGUUCACGAAGCCCAGCGCAUUCUGAAUGAAAGUGGACUUCCCAUUACUUCUGCAAGUGACCUUGAAGAUGCUGCUAAGAAAGCAGUGGCUUGUGUGACAAAGAAAUAAAGAGAACUGACACGAGAGAUGACAUUCCAGAACUGCCAUUGAAGACAUAUUGAGAAUGAUUUUAACCAGCCACAAGCACCGAGAUUUGGCUUAAGUGACCUGUUAAUCACAAAAUAUUCAGUGGGUGAAAAGAAAACUUGGAAAUGCAUUUAUUACACAGAAGCCUUUAUUUUUCAAUAUUGGGACUGAAUGUUCUACAAGCAAAUACGAUGAGUAACUUACUGUCAGUUGCCAUUUAGGUUUCUCUUUUUAGGUGUUAAUUGCUUGUGACUGCCAAUUUUUCUAAGAUACUUUGAUGCAUCUUUAGUAUGAAAAGGGAUAUUUGAUCAUGGUUGGCCCUUUGUUGGGGAUUGUUCUCAAGCUCUAAGGAACUACUAGGGUGAUAUCAAAGUUUAGAAGUCUUUUCCAUAUCAUGUGGAGAACUUUCAAAAUUUGGGAUAUGAUAUGGCUUGGGAAUCUGCUAUUUGAAAUAGAAACAAUCAUAAAGUGUAAUUCAGGCACGCCAGAAACCUCCAGUGUACCUACAGUAGCUCUCUGAAUUCCAAAUCAUAUUUAAUAACAUUUUCCAAUUAGGGAAAGAGCAUCUUUAUAUUACCUAAGUUGAAAUAAAUGAAUGUAAUUAGAUAUCUACCACCACGUCAAAAUUAUAAAAUGCAAUGAUUGAUACUCAAUGUAUACCUCACAUUAUAACAACGUUAAGAAUCAUAGUUCUGUGAAAUAAUCAUUUUUAUAUUGUCCUAUAAAUUCUCAUUUGAAUUCUUUAAGUACUGAAGGAGAAAUACACAUUGUAAUGUCACCUUUGACAGGAUCUGUGGACAUAUGCAUCCAAUUAAUGUUGACUGUCUUUAGAAAUCAAUAUGUAUUGUAGCUAAAAAUAGUCUAUCUUGAAGAAAUCUAGGGUGGUAGUUCCUUAAAGCAUUUGCACUGUUUUUGUAAUGUUAUUAAUCAGAAUUGAUAAUAGUCAAAGCUAUCAGGGAACCUGCUGUCAUCAGAAAGAAUAUGAAAAAUAAAUUGAGGAAUGAUCCCAUCUUUUUAUAUUCUGUGAAUUUCAGUGCAAAUGUUCACCAACUGCAAUGUUCUUCAUACUGAAGUAAAGUGGAUUUCCAAAUGCUUAACUUUUGCUUGAUUGUGCCUUUGAUGUUUAGGAAAUAUGUAUUCAUAAAGUACAAAGGCUAUCAAAUUAAUUCAAUAACCACAUUCAUAUGUUUAUUUAACAAUGGAGUUUUGAAAUUCAAGAUACUUGUUGAAAUCAGAAGUAGGGUUAUAAACAAUGUUAUUCAACUGACAAGCUGCGAAUUGAUGUGAUUUUUAAUAGCAAAGAAUAUGAAUAUUUUUGGUUUACUGCAAUUAAACACUAUUAAUAAAUUUCCCUGGGGUUAUACAUUUGAA